AUGGCUCUUAGAUGGGUUCUCUACUCAGCUUGCCAUGUUUUGGGGUACCCUACGAAAGAAGAAGAGUGCAAGAAGAUCGAAGGGUGCCCUAAUGGAGAGGUGAAGAACGUGAAGGGGUUGUGCCCUUCAAACAAUUUGAACGAGGUUGAUCACCACAGAUUUUCAGGGUUUCAAAUGCCACUUCACUAUCCACGCUACACCAAACAGGACUAUGAGAGUAUGGAGGAGUGGAAGGUGGAGCUGCUUCUUAAGCAAUAUGGAUUAAGUUUCAAGGGUACCCUUGACGAGAAGAGAGCUUUUGCAAUGGGAGCAUUCUUGUGGCCAUGA